AGGCACCAAAACUAUACGGAGAAACCCUGUCUCGGAAAAAAAACCAAAGAAAAGAAAAAAGAAAAAUGGAUUCCUUGGGGUAGCUUGUUCUGUCCACAGUGCUUAUUAAAUAAAACAACACCUGUUGAUUAUUACUGGUGUUGUUAAGCUUACCUCCAUAAGCCAAGAAGGUUUUUCUUAAAAGCUGUUUUUCUUUUUGGUGAUUGGGAUCAAACCCAGGGCCUUGUACAUGCUAAGCAGGUUCUCUAUCACUGAACCACACCUCCAGUUCUCCCAGGUCCUAAAAGCCUGUUUCUGUAGUAAUAGAUUUUAGUUUUGGUGUUUUGUUGUUUCUAGAUUUCAAUUAUGAAGUUAGUGACUACAAACAAGUUUUCAAACUACUACUGUCUUUGGAGCUUGUCAUUUUUGGAAGGGAGAUGCCCUCUAGUUGAAAACUGAUGCUCCAUACUUUGCUCCAAGGGCUCUGACCACCUCCUCCCCAUAUGACUUUUGUGUCUGUGGUUGUAUAGUGGUGAGAGAAUAGUGUCCACAUUAUCUUUAUUUCAGGAGCACUGAGUUAAAGGUACCCCCACAGCCCUGCUUCCUGACAUCACUUGAGAUUUUAUUUUGCUUGCUUUUUGCAUUGUGAUAUCCGCAAGGAGAAGCUUCCUUUUCUUUUAUACAUAAGAAUAGGAUUUGGUUUAUGACAACAUAUUUUCUAACAUGGUUAAAUGAAGAACCAGUUUUGAAACUCCCUCUCUUGUUUGCUCUAGUUGGAUAUAAGUCUUUCUGUUGGAGUCACAGUUGUCUGCAGUUUCUCUGCUUGUUUUUAUUCUCACUGUCUCUGCUUGUCUUUUCAGGAGGCAUACAUUCCUCCUCUUUCAUUUUUAUUUAGCAGUUGAUGGCUGAAGCUGCUUGGAAGGUAGAAAACCAACAUUGAGAUCAAGAAUCACAGGACUUCAAGAGAUGGUCCAAAAUUCAAGACCUAUAAAGGUGUGACAGUGAAAUAAUGGUGGUAGCAAACAGAAAGAUAAAUAGCCAGUAGUGGGAUAGAGAACCUGGCAUUAUAUUCACACUCAGUAGGAAACCUGAGUUACAGAUUAGCAAUAAAAAGAAUAUGUGGUUCAGUGCAUGGUGCUGGCAAAUUGAUGUCUGUGCCUCACUCAUCAGACUCAAAAAACCAAUGGGAAGAUGGAUCAAGAACUUAAAAAUGUUCUCUAAUGAUCUUGCUUCACCAUGGCUACAAAUAUGGAGGGGCUGGUUCAGCACAGAGUGGGGACCCAGCAGGUGGCUGAGGUACCCAGGUGACCACUCAGCACGUUGAUCCUCACCUUUGGUACCACGUACACAGACCUCUCGGCCGGAAUCUCCAGGGAUGACCAGCCCCUCCCCGCGCAUCCAGAUAAUUUCCACCGACUCUGCGGUAGCCUCACCUCAGCGCAUUCAGAUUGUAACAGACCAGCAGACAGGACAGAAGAUCCAGAUAGUCACCGCAGUGGACGCCUCUGGGUCUUCCAAACAGCAGUUCAUCCUGACCAGCCCAGAUGGAGCUGGAACUGGGAAGGUGAUCCUGGCGUCUCCAGAGACAUCCAGUGCCAAACAGCUCAUAUUCACCACCUCGGACAACCUUGUCCCUGGCAGGAUCCAGAUCGUCACGGAUUCUGCUUCUGUGGAGCGUUUGCUGGGGAAGGCAGACGUCCAGCGGCCCCAGGUGGUGGAGUACUGUGUGGUCUGUGGUGACAAAGCCUCUGGCCGUCACUAUGGGGCUGUCAGUUGUGAAGGUUGCAAAGGUUUCUUCAAAAGGAGCGUGAGGAAGAAUCUGACCUACAGCUGCCGGAGCAGCCAAGACUGCAUCAUCAACAAGCAUCACCGAAACCGCUGCCAGUUCUGCAGGCUGAAAAAGUGCCUGGAGAUGGGCAUGAAAAUGGAAUCUGUACAAAGUGAACGGAAGCCCUUUGAUGUGCAACGGGAGAAACCAAGCAAUUGUGCUGCUUCGACUGAGAAGAUCUAUAUCCGGAAAGACCUGAGAAGUCCUCUGAUAGCCACUCCCACAUUUGUGGCAGACAAGGAUGGAGCAAGACAAACAGGUCUUCUUGAUCCAGGGAUGCUUGUGAACAUCCAGCAGCCUUUGAUUCGUGAAGAUGGUACGGUCCUCCUGGCCACGGAUUCCAAGGCUGAAACAAGUCAAGGAGCUCUGGGGACACUGGCAAAUGUAGUGACCUCUCUGGCCAACCUGAGUGAAUCUUUGAACAAUGGUGACACUUCAGAAAUGCAGCCAGAGGACCAAUCUGCAAGUGAGAUUACUCGGGCAUUCGACACCUUAGCUAAAGCACUUAAUACCACAGAUAGUGCUUCACCUCCCAGCCUGGCAGAUAGCAUAGAUGCUAGUGGAGGAGGGAGCAUCCAUGUCAUCAGCAGAGACCAGUCAACACCCAUCAUUGAAGUUGAAGGCCCCCUCCUUUCAGAUACACACGUCACAUUUAAGCUUACGAUGCCCAGCCCUAUGCCAGAGUACCUCAAUGUGCAUUACAUCUGCGAGUCUGCAUCCCGCCUGCUUUUCCUCUCCAUGCACUGGGCAAGGUCAAUCCCAGCCUUCCAGGCACUUGGACAGGACUGCAAUACCAGCCUGGUACGGGCCUGCUGGAAUGAGCUCUUCACUCUUGGCCUGGCCCAGUGCGCCCAGGUCAUGAGUCUCUCCACCAUCCUGGCAGCCAUUGUCAACCACCUACAGAACAGCAUCCAGGAAGAUAAGCUUUCUGGUGACCGGAUAAAGCAAGUCAUGGAGCACAUCUGGAAGCUGCAGGAGUUCUGUAACAGCAUGGCGAAACUGGAUAUAGACGGCUAUGAGUACGCAUACCUUAAAGCUAUAGUUCUCUUUAGCCCCGAUCAUCCAGGUUUGACAGGCACAAACCAGAUUGAGAAAUUUCAGGAGAAGGCACAAAUGGAGCUACAGGACUAUGUACAGAAAACCUACUCAGAAGACACAUACAGAUUGGCCAGGAUCCUUGUCCGCCUGCCAGCACUCAGGCUCAUGAGCUCCAACAUAACAGAGGAACUUUUUUUUACUGGUCUCAUUGGCAAUGUUUCAAUAGACAGCAUAAUUCCCUACAUCCUCAAGAUGGAGACAGCAGAAUAUAAUGGCCAGAUCACCGGAGCCAGUCUAUAGUGCACAGCUGGCAGCUGCCAACAGUGGGAUGCCUCCUAGGACUGUGCAGGUGCAAGGGAAGGGAAAUAGCAGUGUCUUGGUGUGUGCAGGUGUCUCCGGUGUGUUAGCCACUUCCUCCUGUUCAUCCCAGACAAUAACAACUAAAGACAGUAGAACACUUCCCUGCCCUAGGAAAUGUUUUAAUGCCUUUUGGUGAAGCAGAUUUUGGAACAAUCUUUUAAUUCAAUUUGUAUUUAGAAUUUCUCAAAGGGCAAAAAACAAUGCUGAAGUUUUAUAAUAUCAGAGACUAGUAUUAAAAGAACCUAAGAACAGUAUGUAAAUACAUUUAAAAAGAAAAAAAAAAAAAGGAGUCCUUGGAAUUAAUAGCUACUAAUUACCAAGGUAAUGUUAGCACUUUCUAAGCACUUCUUAUCAGCUCUGCAAUGUUAACAUCUUGCCCAUGGACAGGGCAAAUGGAAAGCUGUGUGUCCCUUUUGUCAAAAUGCUAAUGAUUUCUGUGAAAACUCACUAGGGUACAGGAGACAAUCGUUCAUAUUUAGAAGAGAGCAUCACUUCUGUCUUUGUGCAGUGGUGGUGCUAAACUAAAUUCCUGUGAGGGAAAUGUGGAUUACUGGCAUUGUAUAUAGGUGACACAACUGGCAUUGACCCACUGAGAGCUGCUGUGCCAGCCAGAGAUGUGUGUCUGCAGACUCUUCCGGAACCUGGGCUAAACUAAUUUUCAGAAUUAGAUUGCAGCUUGUCAGAGUUCAUGUGAUGAGAGUAAUCCUCCAGUGACUGAAAAGUGUGCCCAGUUCCCUCUACCUUUGACCAGAAAGUACAAGGUGGAUGAUCUGCACACUUUGACAACAAACACUUCAUGAGUAUGACCUGUAGUUGUUCAUGCUGUCUGGGGGCAGUGAGGCUUUCCAUUGCUGGCGUGCCUGGAGAGGAGCCAGGAUCUGUAAUCAUUCAGAACCUGCAGCUGACUGGUAGCUAUAUAUCCUUGCUGCCUGGUGAGUGAGUGAGCCUUAGAUAACUGCACAAAAGGCAUCAAGAUAAAUUCUUUCUGAUCUUAAAAGUAUUAGUGGUUUUCGGUGUACUGGGGCCCCAUACUAUUCAGUUCUCCCAGGUGUGUACUAGUCCAGCAAAGCUCUCCAGGACGUUUGAAAUAAUAGAAGCAAACCACCCUCUCUUUCAAAAGAGGAUCCAAGAGCAAUCCUCAGACAGGGCACAUAGUGCAGGCCUGUAACCUUAGCACUUGGGAGGCUGAGGUGAGAGGAUUGUAGAUUCAGGGCCAACCUGAGCAACUUAAUGAGUAAACUCCUUUUGAGUUUUAAAGGGGUCUGGGUGGGGUGGGGGUGGGGUGGUGACUUAGUGGUAGAGCACUUGCCUAGCAUGCACUAGGUCCUGGGUUCCAUCCCCAGUACCCAAAUCAAAAAGAAAAAGCAAAAAUAGUUAUAAUGACCAUAGUUUCCAACACGAGUGCAGAAUUCAGUUCCAAGGAAGUUAGACCUGACCAAAAGCUCUGCAUUCCCGUGGUUAUAAGUCUGCAGCAGCUGGAAAAAAAGUGGAAUGUUGGGACGGGUGCUUGGUAUCUACUUUUUGAUUAGCAGAAAUUAAGAAAAUUACCUCCUAUAAGGUUAAGUUCGUGCCUGUUAGUGGACAGGUACAUCUAUGGGGCUCAAGGCUAGACAGGCUGUUUUCCAUCUUCUGAGGAGUUAAUGACACUUUAUUCAGUUAGUGGGACUUAAGUGCAGAUAGUAUCUCUAGCUUCUAAAUUCUCAGCUAGAUUUUGAAGCCAGUGUUGGAAAUAGUAAGGAUGGCCAGUAUAAAAUGAUGGAAAGGACUUAAUUUUGCCAGCCCAAAGUUUUCUUUUUAUGUGUAUAUUCAAAAUUCAGACAAAAUGACUGGACAUGAGUACAGUAUAGUAGGUCUAUUGCAUCUCUUUAGAGGGUUCCUACAGUACAUCUGUACAUCUUAGAGUUGCUGGCUUUGCUUCUCUUAGGAUUUUACAGUGUGAACAUGCCAGUCAUUUCUAGGCCACUCAGACAGGGCCUGGGCAUCUCCCAUCAGGCUAUUUAGACCAUCAUUGGAUAAGAAGUGCCAACCUAGAUGGCACUGGAGGGGGCAAGAAAAGAUUUUGCUUGGAAAAAAGUUGGUAAUUCAAACCUGCCUGGUCCUUUGUAAAUCCUGUCAUUGGUAAUGGCCAAUUUACAGGGCCACUUUGGGCGAGACUCCUUUACUGGUUGUCCAGAUCUUUGUGGCCUUACCCUUAACACUUGUAUCCACACAAUGUUCUCAUCAACUGAAAUCAUUUCAAACUUUGAGUGCUUCUCCAUUCCAUCUUGUCAGUUAGAUCUAGGAAGGUCAGCCCAGUCAUUUCUUAAGAGAGAGCCCAAUCCACAGUCAGUAUCUGGGCUCCAGUUUUCAAGGUUACCCACCUGAUCAAGUCUGUUGAUAACUCCAAGUCUGAUGAAACAGGACAGGCCCGUCUAGAUACUCCUCUCUCAGGUAGGUGGAUAGACACACACUGACGUGGCUACUCUCAAGUAAUAUUAAGAUAGUUUCAGGUUGAAAUGUGGUAUAAAACAGGCCAGUAGAUGUAGACAAAAACCAAAUUCCCUAAGCAAGUCACCCAAGUUACUCCUCAAAGUGUUCAAUACAGUGUGUCACCAUCCUUCCAGUUUGCAGUGUGUGUUGAAGGGGCUCAUUUAUCAGCUAGUCUCUUCCUGAGGCAGCAGUGGGGGUUGUGCUGUCUGGGUUUCUGUAUUGAAGUUCAAAUGGAGUCACUUAUGCCCUUGGGAUGACUCUGUAGUUUGUCAGUGUCAGUAUUAGAUGUGGACAGUAUUCUGAGGUAGUCACUACAUCAACCAGGGUGGCCAGUGUGACCCCAAGUAGAGCAGCAGCAUCUAUACUACACACACUUGUUUCUUGAAGGGUAGUCCUGCUCAUGCACUUACCCUCAUCAGCAUCCCUGAUAGAGGGAUCUAUCUUCUGGGACCUAGUGUCAGGUGGGGUCUAGAAGCCUGUUGCUGCUUUCCAGUGGCUGGGUGUGCAGUGGGGCUGUUGGUACUGCCGAAAAGCACCAUCUGACUGCUGCUUUUCUCCAGGGGGUGGAUCCUGGGAACAUCCCAUACUGGCAGAACAGGUGCCCCACCUCUUUAUUUGCCUAAUUUCCAGUCUCUAGAUUAUGUGGCUCUUUGCAAAAGUCUUAACUCUGAUGUCAAUUUCUAAAGCCAACUCCAAAAUGAGAUGGGGUUGGCCUAGGUGUUUUGUUCAAGGUUCUGGACUUCCUCAUUGAGUGCCUCCCAUCAGUGUGCACUUCCUGUGCACAACCUGUCCCUUUAGCCACACUGUGCAUGUCCAGAGUUACAGGCCUAGAUGACUGAAUGAAUGUACAUGUGUUCAUAUUAUCUUUGUACAGUGUAUAUAAUGUGUGUAUAUAGAUGUACAUUAUGUAUACAGACAUGUAGCCACGUAUCCAAACUUCUAUGUUGUCAAGAGUUGAUGCUAGCGUUGCUAAUGUGAAUGGAUGUGGAUAUUGCAAGGUUCCCUUGACAGGGAUGUACUGGUGAAUUUACCAACUUCAUUUUCCUGGGACAAGGAGCUGCUGGAAAGGGCCAGGUAUCACUCACUCCUGCACAAGGAAGCCUCAAGCCAGAAAGGUCCUGACAGGAGGGCAGUUCUCUACGUUUAGAAGGGCCCAGAAGCUAGUGGAAGAGAUGUUAGCCUAAUAUCCAAAACUAAGUGGUAACUAUAAACCUGCUUUUCACAAAUCAGUUUAGCCUAACUGAAAGGAACUUGGUAGCCGAGAGAGGCACUUGGUAUCCAAGGGGCUGCAGCAGUCUCCCUUGUUUACCCUGUGCUCUGUCAGCAAGACUUGGGUACUGUCUGGUGGUAAAGAUAACCAGCCUACCAAACAUUCUUUAAAAACAAUGGCUAAGUUGUAGCAUAUAAACCACAAAUAGUAAAUUGACCUUUUAACUAAGAAGCAAGUCAGGGGUUAUCCUGACUUAACUACAUUCUAUAAAAGUUUUAGUUAAUAGUAAGAAAGCUAAGGCUGGCGUAUUCUCCUCAUCUACCACAUCUAUUCUGAUGAAAUUUGUCUCCUAUGAUUGGGAUUUUAGGCUGAGAUGGGACUUGGGAGCCAGGGCCCAGCCUGGCAGAGCUGCUAGUGGCCAUAGUGUGCAAGCGCCUGGCUUGGAGGAAGCCAAAUGCAAAGAUCUUGCCUGACCCACGGGUUGUUGUUGCUCUUUGUGUUUGAAGAAGUAAUUGUUAAGACUGUAGUCCUCAGUGCCUUUGGUGAGACAUGGGUCAUUUGGCUUCAGCUUCCCACUUGUAUCCCUGGCCUCACCCCUUGUGGUUGUUCAAUCUUGCCUGUGUCAUUGCCUGUUGUGACAAUCACACUAUUCAAAGUGGCUUUCCAAGUAAAACACAGGGAAGCUUGGCGGUCUCUAAAUGAAUCCUUCCAUUUUCUUUGGGGGCUAUUGUCUUGGCAGCAACCUAAGAGAGUUUAAAAGUGGCUUAGGAAGGAGAACAUCAGACAUUUCUAAUGCUCAGCAAUAUGCACUUUCAGUUAAUUUUCAAUAAUUUUGGUAUUUAUACAUGGAAUGUAGGGAAAAUUCUCAACAUUAUAUCACUGAUAAGUUUUAGUGUUUGGGUAACAUUUGGUAUAGACUGCACAUUAAAAACGGCCUUUCUUCGGGAAAGUACCAUCAUCAGUUGUCAUCCCAACAGCCUGCUCAUUCACGGAUGCCAAUGCACACACAACUCAAGUGCUGGAAUAUUUUUCUAGUCUGUUUUCCCAAUUAACUUGUAAAUCAGUGUUCAACUAGUUUUAUAACUGAAAAGCUGCACAUUUUUCAUAGUACCAACUAGUUUGUACCUGUAGUUUGGAUUUCUCUGUUAAGAUACAGCGCGUUAUUUGCCUCCCCCUCCUCCCCUUUUUAAAGGAAAGUCCAGUGUGGAAUUUUCUUGGGACCGGUUGUAUAACUUUUGCCCUUCACACUAUAGAAAACACCAUGGAUGCCAUUACCUUUUGAUUCCAGGUUUAAAACCUGCGGAGAGCUGCCAUUUUGUACAGCUUUUCUCCCUGUGUAAAUGAGCUAUGUGAUGGCAUUUAAAACCCGCAUGUUCUUUUUAAAUUGAAUUUUCUAUCUAAUCAAUGUCUUCAGUCCUGAAGGAGAAUCUGCAUCGUUGUGUCUGUGUAGAGAGUUGCUGUGCAUGGUUAUGAGCGCCUUUUACUAAAUGCUGUUCAAUGUGGCUUUGUUGUUGUGGCUUAAUACUACCUACAUGAGGUUUAUACUAUUAAAGUAAAUUAAAGACUA